CAACUCUUCAGUGUCAACCUCGAGGAGGGUCGCAAGGAGUCUGCAAUAUGGACUCAGGAUACGACGCUCUUGAGGCCGCUGCGUCUUCGUACGCGAAAGCAGAACGGGACGAAGAGGGCGAGUCUAGCGAAGGAACUCUACAUAUAUUCAUGUUGAUGACUGUCUUUAGGCCGAAGUCACGGUUCGCAUCACCGAGAACAUCGCCACUCAGACCGUGACAGAGAUGGCGACCGGGACCAUCGAGAUCGCGAGCGGCGACAUCGUGAUAGAGACGAUCGAGAAGACAGGUAUCGAGAACGAGACCAUGACAGGGAAAGAGGUGGUGGUCGAGAUUAUGGACGAAAUGACAGGUACGAUCGAGGAGAUGAGGAUCGUUUCAGGAGACCACCACCUAGAAGGAGAGAUGACAUGCCUUCCGAGUUUAUUGCAGAACCUAUGGGAGGGCAUAGAAGAGGUCCACCGCGGUACGAAGAGGAACCAUUUGCUGCUCCGAUGAGAGGGUAUGAUCGGGGAGGAGAUAGAGGUGGAGAUAGAGGUGGAGAUAGGUAUGGGGGAGGUGGAGGUGGUGGGAGGAGGGAUGAUUGGCGUGGUGGUGGAGGUGGUGGAGGAAGAAGAGAUUCAGGUCGAGAUGGACGUGGUCGCCGAGGCAGUCCCGGCAGAAGCCCAACGCCUCCGGGGACCCUACCGUUGGAGGAACGCGUCGUCGAGCCGACCUUGUGGGACAUGGCACCUGCUCAAUUCGACGGAGUCGGAGCCAUGGAGGCUAAGAUGACAGGUCUCUUCACGUACGGACCUGGUCGAAUUCCCCCUCCGGCUCACCUUGGCGUACCUUCGUCCAUGAUCGCCGGCGCUUUCCCUCCCGGUAACGUCGCGACCGUCUCUCUCGUACGACAGAGCAAGCGAUUAUAUAUCGGAGGGGUGCCCGAUGGAACCACAGAGGAUCAGCUCAAAGAGUUCUUCAACAAGAUUUUGGUGGAGCAGAAGCUGGCAGCCGACAUGCCCGGAGAGCCUGUGGCUCAAGCCCAAAUAAACACGGAGAAGUCCUUUGCUUUCAUCGAGCUACGUACCUCAGACGAGGCUACCGCUGCCAUGGCUCUCGAUGGCACGAUGUAUGAAGGUAGUCCAUUACGCGUCAAGCGACCUAAGGACUACAUCGGAAUCGACCCUUCUCUCGGACCCAUCGGUGGCAUUGCGAUUCCCGAUACGCCCAACAAAUUGUUCGUUGGGGGUCUACCAACUUACCUCAACGACGAGCAGGUCAUGGAGCUGCUCAAAGCGUUUGGAGAGCUGCGAAGCUUCAACCUCGUCAAGGAAGGUACCGCGGCCGGCGGUGUCUCCAAGGGUUUCGCGUUUUGUGAAUACCUUGACCCUGCCAAUACGGACCUGGCUAUUCAGGGCUUGCACAACUUCCAACUGGGCGACAGAACCUUGAUUGUUCAGCGGGCAGCUGUGGGUAGAAACACUGGUGUACAGGCUGCUCUGCCUGGAUCCGCAGGAUACAUGGCUUCAAGCAUGACCAACAUUCUCCAAUCCGCCAUUGGAGGCGAAGAGCUCGAGACUCGAUGCAUGCUACUCCUCAACAUGGUCACUGCCGACGAGCUGUACGACGAACAAGAUUACAAGGAGAUUCUCGAGGACAUUACAGACGAAUGUGGCAAGUAUGGGGAAGUCGAAGGAGUCAGAGUUCCGAGACCUGUUCCCAAGUCGAAGAAAUGGGAGCCCUCCGAUUCGGCAGCUGCGACCGCGGAGAAGAAUCGAAAGGCAGACGAAGAGGCCGGAGUUGGACGAGUGUAUGUCAUGUACAAGGAAGUUGAACAAGCUCAAAAGGCUAUGAAAGCCAUCGGAGGGAGACAAUUCGCUGGGAGGACGAUCCUCGUCGCGAGUGUGCCAGAAGACGAGUUCCUCGGUCCUGCUCCGCCUCCGCCGCCGCCAGAGGAUCUCGAUGCCGCUGCUGCAGAUGCAGUCAAGGACAUCAUGGCGGGACUAUAGUUUCUGACUACCGGUGUUUUUAACCGAAGAAGCACACAUGCAUCUAAGCACAUGCGUC